CACAGGUCAAUGACCUGCCUUGCUCCCUAGUUAUUGUGUGCUUUAUAAUGGAGAUCAUCACUGAUCUUUUUUCUGAGCUUCUUUUACCUUGUAGGGGGAUUACAAUGUAACCAUUAGGAGUCCAGGAGGUCUUACAAACCAACCAAUUACAAGAAAGGGUUAACAAGCAAUAGGGAGACUUUCAGGUAUCUCUCAGGACAUUCCAAAGGUACAGUGAGGACUAAAGGGAUCUUGGGAAGAAGAAAGGUUUACACAAAGAGUUAGAGAGCCAUUUUGGAAGCAUGUUCACUUUAAACAACAUUAAAAGCUUCUACAUCCUUUUAUAUAUUGCAAAGCUACCCCAACAAAUAUAUAUUUUCCACAGCACCUGAGAACUGUGAACACCCCCAAAGGGCACUAUGCUUUCCCUGCAGUAUUUUAAAGAAAGGACUCAAGACCUGGACUCAAGUUUCAGUAUUGAGAAUGGCAACUUGAAAAAUCCAGAACAGGAUUUUUUAAGGCAUUUUCUAGUGUGUUACGUGGCAUCAUUGGUCACAAGAGAGGACAUUCUACAUUAUGCCUGACUGACAGUUCAGAAAACACUCUUGACAGCAGCUGAAGGGUGAGCAGACUUCAAACCAGGCCAUUUCCAAUUGCACAGAACAGCAAUAAUUGUGCCUGAAGCACAGCUGAAGUGUUGAGCUGAGGACAGGGAUAGUCCAUAGUUUGGAAAUCAGGCAUCAGGCUCACAGAUGAGCCACUCAGAAAACAGGAUUCACACCAGAGACAGCUCUUUGCUCUGCUUUGCACAGAGGUGAGAAAAAAACAAGCCUCCCAUGGCUUCCCUUCAGAAGCUUCACUCAGGAAGUGAAGCUACUGGCUGUGGUCUUUCCCAUGCCUAACUCCAGGACAUAGGCAGUCCUCAGCCAAAUCUAUUCCAUCUAUAUAUUUUUAAGCAAGAAAAACUCGUGCUUGAUAUCUAAGUAUGUAGCUAAAGAUCUUUCUUAUCUUUUACAAGAUUGAGACUCGACAUCCUGAAAGCCUUGCUGAGGAUACCAAUGUCAUCCAGGUCUGGCAGCACGAGAGAGCAUGAAAGUAGUGGCCAGUCACGUGGCCAUUCAGCUUCCCCACCAGUCCCAGAGUCUAGUGAGACUGAGACUGAAGGUUUGAUAUUUUAUCACAUGGAUCUUUAUGGAUCAAAGGAGAGGUUUGAUAUCUUUCCUGAAGAGCUGCCUGGUCGAGGAGACAGAUCUCUGGCGGAUACGAGAAGGGAAUCUGUAUCGAGUAGUGAAAAAGUUCCACGCUCACAAGAAAUUGGCUAUGACAUGGAAAAGGAGGUUGCAGAGUUGGCUAAGAUGUAUGGACUUGAUGAGGAUAGAGAAAAAGAGCUUGAGCUUCUUGGAGGACGUGUGGAGAUGGAGAGCAGAUGGCCACCUGCUCGCACACAAAAAGCAGGAUCACAAGGCUCCAUAUAUAACGCAUCAAAAAGCAGCACUUCAGUGAAAGAUCAAAGUCAAAGCACAAAGCAACAAGGACUUUCUGGCGAGGCUUCUCAACAUGAAGAUCAGAGCAAAGCCAGAGCAGAUGAUGAGGCUGAGAGCAACAUAUGGUCCAGAGAGGGGCUUAGCAGUGGCGGCAUGUCAGAUGAGUGGAACAGUCAGGCUGUCAGUGAGGAGCAGGAGGAGGAGGAAGAGGAGGAAGUGGCAAAUGUUUUUUGUUCUACCUGCAAGAUACCAAUCCGAGCUUUUGACAAACUAUUCGGUGAGCACAAGGAUCAUGAGGUGACUCAACUGCCCAGUGCCUUGGAAAGUGAAAAGGAAGAGAUUCAUAAAAACAUUUGCAAGUUAGAAGAACAGAUUGCUCAGAUGGAAAAUGUUGCCAGUCAUUUGGAGGAAAUCUUCCUCACUGUAGAGGCAGCAGUAACCAUGGUUGACAGGCUGCAAGAAUUCUUAAAGCAAGAAGUGAAUUUAGAGCUUUCAACACUGCCAGACUUUGAAGAGAGGGUCAUAGAUUUCUCUGAAGUUGAACAACUCAUGAACUCCAUUAAUGCUAUUCCAGCUCCUUGUGCCCCUGUGAUCAAUCCCCAGGCUCCAAAUGCAGCAACUGGCACCUCACUGAGAGUUUGCUGGGGCCUCUUCUCAGAUGACACUGUGGAGAGCUACCAACUGUGCUAUAAACCAGUGAGCAACGAGAGGCACAGUGAUGAGCAGGCAGAGCAUACCCUAAAAGUCAAAGAAACAUACUGCACCAUUACUAAUCUGUUGCCGAACACACAGUAUGAAUUUUGGGUCAGUGCUUUAAAUGCCUCUGGUAUCAGUCCACCAAGUGAAAGAGCAGUUUAUGUAACAGCUCCUUCACCACCUAUCAUAAAGAGUAAAAAGAUCCGAAGCUGUGAAAAUGCAGCACUGGUGUGCUGGGAAUCUGGAGACAUUAACCCUGUCGAUUCCUACACAGUUGAAUUGUACAAGCUGACAGAUGAAGAAAACGAUGAUAUUAUUACUGAAUCUAUUGUUGGGAUUCCUAACUGUGAAGUCCUAAUUCACCUCCAACCAACACAAAAGUAUCACAUCUGUGUUAGAGCCCAAAACCUGGGUGGCUCCAGUGAAAGAAGUGAACCUGUCCUGAUACACACCACAGGCACCUGCUUCUACCUUAAUGAGGACACAGCCCAUCCUUUACUGGCAAUCCUAGAUGAUGGAUUUACAAUUUCGUGCGAUGAACUGGAAAACCCAGAGUGUGAUCUGCCUGUCUAUGAUAACAGCUUUACAAGGUGUAUUGCAAUCCUGGGCAGUCUGAUCCCAUUUCCAGGAAAGCAUUACUGGGAGGUGGAAGUUGAGGAAGACACAGAGUACAGAACUGGCGUGGCUUUUGAGAACACUCCGAGACAUGGUCACCUGGGGGCAAACAACUCAUCCUGGUGCAUAAGGCAUAUCAUCACACCAUCAAGGCACAAGUACGAGUUCCUGCACAGCGGGAUGACACCAGACAUCAGAAUUACUAUUCCCCCUAGAAGGAUUGGCAUCCUGCUGGACUACGAGAAGUGCAGACUGUCAUUUUUCAAUGCAGAUAUUGCCCAGCACCUUUACACAUUCAACUCACGCUUCCAGCAUUAUGUCCACCCCUGUUUUGCUUUGGAAACACCUGGUAUCUUACGGAUACAUACUGGAAUUACAAUACCUUCAUGGACUGCCCUCCCAUAAACUGUGUUCUGCAGCUACCACACCUACAAGUAAUCUGCCCUAAGCAAUGCCCUCUUUCAGCAUCAACUGCUCUAUCACACUUCCUAUAAACCAGCUGUUUCCCAAGAAAAAGAGCAAAGCAACCCUGACCCAGAUCAGCUGCCAGGCCUGAACCCUUACGAGUUACAUCCUCUUAGGAAGGAUCUUAGCAGAAAGCCACUAUGGUCACAAGAUCCAUCAGCAUCCCAGAACUCUUCACUUGGAAAUAAAUACCAUCCUUCUCCAAGGUGACACUUGUCACUAUGCAGCAGUGGCAGCUGGAUCCCUUGGGUGAUCACUUGGGUGACCCCAAUACCCAUCUGAUGUCCAGGGAACUCCCCAGUUCCAGAGCAAUCAUUAAUUCUACUCCUGAGGCUGCUGAAGAGCCAAACAUUCAAAGAAAACAAAAAUAGCAAGAGGCAUGAACAGUGUACAGCUGCUGAAAACACUCCAACCAUGAAGCUGAUCUCACAAUCAAGUUUUCUUGUUGCUACAUGAAGUCUGUGACAUGAGAUAAUCAAAUACGCCUCCCCUGUGUAUGAACUGUUAGCACCUACAUGCCCAGUGAGGCUUUCUGAAACACCCAAGCAUGCACUACAGUCUCAAAUAUAAGACACUUUUACAGAAUGCCCAUGUUCCUCAUUCAGUCAUCCAGGGAAAAAACAGGCUCUUUGCAGUGCUCCAUUACCCUUAAAGAGAAACCAAAAGCAUCAUUUUUAGCUGUUUCUUUUUAGCUACGCUCACCUCCACUUGGGUGUAUCCUCCCCCUAUGCUCACAGAUCUGUUCCUCUUCCCCCUCAGCACUGAAGAAUUCUCACCCCAAUACUAUGCCCUUGAAAUUUUGGGUAUCCACGGGGUUGGAAAGACUCUGGCCCAGCACUCAGGUGAGAUGUCCUUGUUUAGGCUUCAUUUCCAGACACCAGACAAUCAAGACAG